AUAGCUGCACGUAAAAUGAUCAAUCCAAUAUGAUUUGUUGUGAUGCAUUAGGUGAUAUCUUCCUGGGGAUUCCGUUAGUGCAGCUCCAAAAAAGGGCAUCGAGCGCGACAGACGGGCUCCCGUCGUGUCACACUCGUGGGUAUGACAAAUUCAUUGUCCUGCCAGGCUUUGUAUUUAGGUAGUUACUUCCGUAACCUGAUCUCCACCCGGCAAUCGUCCAAGGACUCCAUGUAUUUCAUGAACAUUUUCGGAGAAUCUGAAGGGCAGGACUUAAGAAAGUUUAAGCGUUGUCCUGUCGCCGUGACUUUAGUGCAGUCAUGGCGCGUGCUGACGGGCUGUACACUGAAGUACUACAGACAGUUCAUUAGAUGAUCGUUUUUAUUUUUAUUGUUUAGAAACCACACGAACCACUUUAAGCAGCUUCUGCUGGUGCUUGGUGUGACGUUCUGCUCUUAAUGGACCAACGAGAAAUGACGAUGCGGGGUAAAGCUCGGUCUUCCGAAUGAACUUUGCAGGCUAAAUGAAGACUCCCCUGCCUACUGACGAGGAGGGCGUGCACGUGCCAGAUGGCCAGUCAGAUACAGUGCCGCUGGAGCCGAUUUCAGAACAAGCGGAAGGGGAUGUGGUCCCCGAACCCGGCCGUCCGGCCUGGGACAGCAAGCUGCAGUACGUGCUGGCACAGGUGGGCUUCAGUGUGGGCCUGGGAAAUGUCUGGAGGUUCCCCUACCUGUGUCACCAGAAUGGCGGAGGAGCCUUCCUGUUGCUGUAUGUGCUCCUGCUGAUGCUGGUGGGAGUGCCACUAUUCUUCCUGGAGCUGGCGGCGGGGCAGUCCGUCCGGCAGGGCAGCAUCGGUGUGUGGAAGCACAUUGCCCCCCGGCUGGCGGGAAUCGGCUACUCCAGUUGCAUGGUGUGCUUCUAUGUGGCCCUUUACUACAAUGUCAUCAUUGCCUGGAGCCUCUUCUACCUUGGCAACUCCUUCCAGUCCCCCCUUCCCUGGGAGCAGUGCCCCAUCUACAGCAACUUCACCGUUCAGGAAUGCUCCAGAACCUCCCCCACCACCUACUUCUGGUUCCGCGAGGCCCUGGACAUCACAGACUCCAUCGAUCAGACCGGGCAGUUCAACCCCAUCAUGACUGGCAGCCUGAUGGCUGCCUGGGUGAUUGUCUGUCUUGCCAUGAUCAAGGGCAUCAAGUCAUCCGCCAAGGUGAUGUACUUCUCCUCUGUGUUCCCCUACAUUGUUCUUCUCUGCUUUCUCAUGCGGGGGCUGCUGUUGGAUGGGGCCUCUGAAGGCAUUUCCUACAUGUUCUAUCCUAAGCUGCAGAUCUGGGGCGAGGUGCAGGUCUGGAGGCAGGCCGCCACACAGGUUUUCUUUGCCCUGGGGCUCGGCUUCGGCUCUGUCAUCGCCUACUCCUCCUACAACCCCCCGAACAAUAACUGCCACCGCGACGCCCUCAUGGUGUCCGUCAUCAACUUGCUCACGUCCGUGCUCGCCUCUCUCGUGGUCUUUGCGGUGCUGGGCUUCCGUGCAAAGAGCAUGGCGAUGGCCUGCGUGCUGCGGAACGUGGGCCUCCUGACGGAGAUGUCAGCCAUGGGGUCUACGCAGCAUCUCCCGCUGCCAUGGGCCAGCGGAUCUGAUCCUGGAUCAGUGUCCCUGCGGGAAUACCGGCAGUGGUUCCAGCAGUAUGGUGCCCAAAUUGGGAGUGGCAUCACGGACUGCAGCCUGGAGGAGGAGAUGAACCAGGGAGUGGAAGGCACGGGGCUGGCCUUCAUUGCCUUCACCGAGGCCAUGGUUCUCUUCCCAGCCUCGCCUUUCUGGUCCAUGCUCUUCUUCCUCAUGCUGCUCAACCUCGGCCUCAGUACCAUGUUUGGCACCAUGCAGGGCAUCCUCACCCCCCUCAGUGACAACUUCCAUCUGCUGAGACGCCACAAGACCCUGCUAACGGUGGCCAGCUGCAUCCUGGGCUUUCUCAUCGGCCUACUCUUCACCCAGCGCUCUGGGAACUACUUUGUCACCAUGUUUGAUGACUACUCCGCCACCCUGCCCCUCAUCAUCGUGGUCGUAUUUGAGACGUUUGCCGUGUCCUGGAUCUACGGCGCCGACCGCUUCCUGGAUGACAUAGAAGUCAUGCUCCAGUGGCGCCCCCCAGUGGUUUACAAAUACCUGUGGCAGUUUGUGUGCCUGCUGGCCAUGGUGGGUCUUCUGGGGGCCAGUUUGCUGCGCAUGUUCUUCAAAUGGCCCACCUACACAGCCUGGAACCAGAGCAUGGCCUCUGAGAAGGUACUGCCAUACCCCGGUUGGGCUCUUGCCCUGCUCUCUCUGCUCAUCCUGCUGGCCUGCCUGCCUCUGCCCGUGCUUUACAUCCACACCCAUCUGAGGCGUUGCCUAGGCAGCCAGGGGGGCCCACUGGAGGCGGGGCUUAGCCACAGAGACACGUAUGUCAAAUGCGAGACGGACGAACCUGCCGCCGCCCAGCAGCUCAUCCCAUUGGAGGAGGAGCAAGAAGCUGGCAGGGCCUCCUUCCUGUCACUGGGUGCAGAGCACUACAGGCUCCUCCCUCAGAAGGACCUGGUGGAGGAGGACAUUGAAGAGGACACUGGGGUAUGAGGGAGCGCGAGAAGGGAGAGGAUGAUCAAACGGAAGGAGUGAUGAGGAGAUCAGCUGGUGUUGCAGGCCUGGGUGGAGGAGGCGCUGCUCCAUGCCGUGCUGUCCUCCUCCAGCUUCUUCAGGAGCCACUCUCUGUUCUCGCUGUCGCACUAUGAUGUGGCUGAAACUGCACAGUGCAGGCAGACCAGCAUCCAUGUAAACACACACACACAGAUAUACACACACAGAUAGACACACACAGAUAUACACAGACAGACAGACACACACACACAGAUAUACACAGACAGACAGACACACACACACAGACACA